CUCUUGGCAAGCUCGACGACAGGUGUUGCCACCUUUGUGGUCGCCAAGCUCCAACGCAAUGACGUCCUCAGGCAUGUUGCGAAGCGCCAUCCACGUCUGCGCGUAACUUGGAUGCGAGCUGGAUCACCUUUGAUUGCUGACUGCUGAUAUCAAUGUCUCAUGUUACGAGCCAAUGGUGGACCGCCGGCGUUGGUUUAUGCCUGCAACAACGGCCAGCGAAGUAGAGGAUCUACCGCCACGGCGGAAGCUCGAACUUCCAAGAAGUCGCAACGGCGCGAGACGUUUGGGUGCGCCAACGCUGGCGCAAGAAAUAGUCGAGACCACUUCAAGAUUGACCCCCCCCGUUCAAUACAAAUGCCAAGACACGAUAACCCCCCCCCCCACCCCCAGAAAACUUUCGACGGUAUCUUAACAAGCAGCCAAUCCGUUCGAGUUGAUUUACAUAAGUGCGCGAAGGCGACGCUCGCGGGUGUCAUGGGCAAUGCGAUGGGGUGCUGCUUGGGACCCGAGGAGCAUCACGCUGACACCACGAGCGGCCGCAAGUCCCCGCUGCUUCGCCGGAUGCAUUCGUUCGUAGACGACUCGUGCUCGGAUUCGACGGCUUCGUUGUCGUCGAGCGCUAAAUCCUCGAUUUUUAGCCCCCGUCCUACCUCCGAAACCCCUGGGAGCCGACUGCUUCGUGACUUCUAUCAGCAUGUCGUCGAUACCGAUCAAAGUGACUCGGGUGGAGAAGAAGACACGUUCCACGACGCGGGCGUUCUCCCUGCCGCAGCACCACCUCAACCGAGGCGACGAAGCUUACUCUUGCAGCACACAGAGACGAUGCGCCAUCUCUCGAAAGCUGCAGUGGACCCCUUGAACAUGUACAGUUCCCUUGGUCUCUUUCACACAAACGAGCCAUUGCUGCUAAACAGAGAAGACCGCGUUCUCCGUGCCAAGUCCGUGGACUCUCUGCUCCUAUCACACCACAUUAGCACCCCUCACAAGCUACCACACGUCCAUCGCGUGAGUAGUUACGACGACACAUUCGCUCGUGUUCGUGAAAGGAUGCCUUGUCUGAUCGUGCUGCGGUAGGACGGCCAGUACAAGCCAUUUUGGGCCGACCCACAUCACGUCAAGGAAACGGUGAAUGACACCACUGCAUCGACCACGAUUGCAUCCACAGCACCAUCGCCAGCAAGCUGAUCCACUCCAUCAUGCGAUACCAGGAAUAUGCGCAGGAUUUUGGCGGUGAUGACCCAAUAUUUUAUUUGAUCCGACUGCGCCGUUGUAUCAGAGCCAUUCACAAUCGCCGUGCAUGGCACCGAAGUCUAUUAGUUGGUGGGUUUCACCCAUGUGCUGAUGCCGCGUUUGGCGUGCGAGUAGUAGAACUUCCCCCGAAUGCUUCGGCUUUCGCGCUUGACCCAGCCCGGCGGAAGCUGCUCUUCCUUGGGCAUGUCGGCCAUUUGUUUUGCUCGUUUCUCCAUCUCUUCCGGGUGAAAAUGACAGAUUUCCCUACACCUCCCCCCUCGUCAGAGACUCAUGACUACCCGAUUUUCUAUCACAACAUGCCCGCCACUUCCACAAUCGACUUGC